GUUGGUUGUGUUAAAAUUUACGCUUCGUAACUGAAUUUUCUAAUCAAAUUUGAUUGCAUUCGACUAAAAGUUGUGCGCGAUAAAGAGUUCAUAAAACGCUUUAUUUUCAAAGUCUCAAUAGUUAUACAUAUUUAUUUAUGCAUAAAAAAACGGUGUACAUCUCGAUUACUGUUAAUAAUUCUAUGCCACGUAAAUAAUAAUAAUAAGAGAGACAGUGCACAAUCGAAAAGAUCACAAAAAAUUUGUUUUCUUGCAUUAUGGCGUUAAACGGAAAUGGGCUAAGUGUCCCGGUUGAGAAGGAAUCACCACUAAUAUUCUACGUAAAUGGAAAAAAGAUUAUCGAUUCCACACCUGAUCCAGAAUGCACCCUUCUGACAUAUUUGCGCGAAAAGUUACAUCUUUGCGGUACGAAAUUGGGAUGUGGAGAAGGCGGUUGUGGCGCUUGUACAGUUAUGAUUUCGCGCGUUGAUCGCUCCACCAACAAAAUCAAACAUUUAGCUGUGAACGCCUGCCUGAUGCCAGUAUGCGCCAUGCAUGGUUGUGCAGUCACCACCAUUGAGGGUAUAGGCAGCACUCGUACUCGUCUUCAUCCGGUUCAGGAACGUCUGGCAAAAGCGCACGGAAGCCAAUGCGGCUUUUGUACACCUGGCAUCGUCAUGUCCAUGUAUGCUUUACUUCGCAGCAUGCCAGUGCCAUCGAUGAAAGACUUAGAAGUCGCUUUUCAAGGUAACCUUUGCCGUUGUACGGGUUACCGUCCUAUUUUAGAGGGUUACAAGACCUUCACCAAAGAAUUCAGCUGUGCCAUGGGUGAUAAGUGCUGCAAGAUGAAUGGUAAUAAUAACUGUAAUGGAACCGAUUCAGAAAAAAAGGAGAAUGGUGAAUUGUUUAAAAGAAGCGAGUUUCUGCCUUUUGAUCCUAGCCAAGAACCUAUUUUUCCACCCGAACUGCAUUUGAAUCCACAAUUCGACGCUCAGAAUCUAUUAUUUAAGGGUCCACGAUCCACGUGGUAUCGUCCGGUGGAACUGUUAGACUUGCUUAAACUAAAAUCAGAAAACCCGCAUGGUAAAAUCAUUGUUGGCAAUACAGAAGUUGGUGUUGAAAUGAAAUUUAAGCAGUUUCUAUAUCCAGUACAUAUUAAUCCCAUUAAAGUUCCAGAAUUAAAUGAGAUAACCGAAUACGAGGACAGUAUUAUGUUUGGAUCUGCCGUCACCUUGAUGAACAUUGAAGAGCAUUUACGGGAUAGAAUAGCGAAGUUGCCUGAGCACGAAACACGUUUCUUCCGAUGUGCCGUGAAAAUGUUGCACUACUUUGCAGGCAAGCAAAUUCGCAAUGUAGCUUCAUUGGGUGGUAAUAUUAUGACCGGAAGCCCUAUUUCCGAUAUGAAUCCUAUAUUAACCGCAGCUUGCGCCAAGCUUAAAGUGUGCAAUUUAGUGCAUGGGAAAAUACAAACUCGGGAAGUGCAUAUGGGGCCGGGCUUCUUUACUGGGUACCGUAAAAAUACAAUUCUACCCCAUGAAGUCUUGGUGGGCAUUCACUUUCCCAAGAGCUCGAAAUACCAAUACUUCGUGGCGUACAAGCAAGCGCGUCGAAGAGACGAUGACAUUGCAAUUGUAAAUGCAGCCGUAAACGUGACAUUCGAACCGAGGAGCAAUAUCGUUGAACAAAUUUAUAUGGCAUUUGGUGGCAUGUCACCUAUAACGGUCAUGGCUCCAAAAAUAUCAGCGAUCAUGGCCAAGCAAAAAUGGAAUCGAGUAUUGAUUGAGCGUGUCGCUGAAAGUUUGUGCGCUGAACUGCCACUGGCACCUUCAGCACCAGGAGGAAUGAUCGCCUAUCGACGCUCGUUAGUAGUUAGUCUAUUCUUUAAAGCCUAUUUGGCCAUUAGCCAAGAAUUAAUAAAAGCUGAACUACUUGAAAGCGAUGUGCUACCACAGAGAGAGCUGAGCGGUGCUGAUACUUUUCAUACACCAAUUUUAAAAAGUACACAAGUCUUUGAAGUAGUACGUGACGAGCAAUCAAUGUGUGAUCCCAUUGGAAGACCAAAAGUGCAUGCCUCUGCUCUCAAGCAAGCAACCGGUGAGGCAAUUUACUGCGAUGAUAUUCCACGUCACGAAAACGAGCUAUAUCUCGCGCUCGUGCUUAGUACCAAAGCACAUGCGAAUAUCAUAUCCAUUGAUGCCUCAGCAGCCCUGAAACAAGAAGGUGUGCAUGCCUUCUACUCCAGCAAAGAUUUAACUCAACACGAAAAUGCAGUAGGUGCCGUUUUUCACGAUGAAGAAGUGUUUGCUUCAAGUAAAGUGUACUGUCAGGGGCAAGUGGUUGGUGCCAUCGUUGCUGAUACUCAAAUCUUGGCCCAACGUGCAGCUCGCUUAGUACACAUUAAAUAUGAAGAAAUAUCUCCAGUGAUAGUCACAAUUGAGCAAGCUAUCGAACAUAAAUCGUACUUUCCGAAUUAUCCAAUAUUCAUUGAGAAGGGUGAUAUAGAUGAAGCAUUUAAGGUGGCUGAACACGUCUAUGAAGGUAGCUGUCGUAUGGGUGGUCAAGAGCAUUUCUAUCUAGAAACACACGCUUGCGUGGCUACACCUCGAGACAGUGAUGAAAUCGAAUUAUUUUGCUCCACUCAAAAUCCAUCCGAGGUACAAAAAUUGGUUGCACACGUGUUGUCACUGCCGAGUCAUAGAAUUGUAUGCCGUGCGAAACGUUUAGGUGGAGGAUUUGGCGGCAAAGAGUCGCGCGCGAUUAUCUUGGCACUUCCAGUCGCAUUAGCUGCUUACCGGCUUAGAAGACCGGUGCGCUGUAUGCUAGAUCGGGAUGAAGAUAUGAUGACAACAGGCACACGACAUCCCUUCCUCUUUAAAUACAAAGUAGGUUUUACUAACGAGGGAUUGAUAACGGCAUGUUACAUUGAAUGCUAUACUAAUGCCGGUUGUUCAAUGGAUCUCUCAUUUUCGGUCCUAGAACGUGCUAUGAAUCAUUUCGAAAACUGCUACAUCAUUCCAAAUGUCAAAGUGGUUGGUUGGGUUUGCAAAACGAAUUUGCCAUCCAAUACUGCAUUCAGAGGUUUCGGAGGGCCUCAGGGUAUGUUUGCAGGAGAGCAUAUAAUAAGAGAUGUGGCACGCAUAGCGGGAAAAGAUUAUUUAGAUGUAAUGAAAAUGAAUUUUUAUAAGACUGGUGAUUUCACACACUACAAUCAGCAAUUGGAAGUUUUUCAUAUUGAAAGGUGUUUUAAAGAUUGCCUGGAACAGUCGAAAUUCCAUCUGAAACGACGCGAAAUUCAAGAAUUCAACAAAAAUAACCGUUGGCGAAAGCGAGGUAUUUCGCUUGUUCCCACAAAGUACGGCAUUGCAUUUGGUGCAUACCAUUUAAACCAAGCCGGAGCUCUGGUUAAUAUUUAUAGUGAUGGUUCGGUAUUACUAUCCCAUGGUGGUGUUGAGAUCGGUCAAGGGCUUCACACCAAAAUGAUUCAAUGUUGUGCUCGUGCAUUAGGUAUUCCAACGGAGCUCAUACAUAUAUGCGAAACAGCCACCGAUAAGGUGCCAAAUACAUCACCCACAGCAGCUAGUGUCGGUUCGGAUUUGAAUGGCAUGGCUGUGUUGAACGCUUGUGAGCAAUUAAACCGCCGCUUAAAGCCCAUAAAAGAGGCCAAUCCAAAUGAUAAGUGGAAGGAUUGGAUCAACAAAGCAUAUUUUGCACGAAUCAGUCUCUCUGCGAGUGGCUUUUAUAAAAUGCCCGAUGUUGGUGAUGACCCAGCUUUAAAUCCGAAUUCGCGUACUUACAACUACUACACAAGUGGUGUGGGUGCAUCAGUGGUUGAAAUCGAUUGUUUAACCGGUGAUCAUCAGGUUUUGAGCACCGACAUUGUGAUGGAUUUAGGAUCUAGCUUAAAUCCAGCAAUUGAUAUUGGCCAAAUUGAAGGAGCAUUUAUGCAAGGUUACGGUUUAUUUGUGUUGGAAGAACUAAUUUAUUCCCCGCAAGGUGCACUCUUUUCGCGAGGACCGGGAAUGUAUAAACUACCAGGGUUUGCUGAUAUACCGGGAGAGUUCAAUGUAAGCCUUUUGACCGGUGCACCUAAUCCAAGAGCUGUUUAUUCCUCAAAGGCUGUUGGAGAGCCACCAUUAUUUAUUGGUAGCACCGCCUUCUUUGCUAUUAAAGAAGCAAUAGCUGCUGCUCGUGCAGAACGCGGGCUGAGCGUUAACUUCAAACUGGAGGCCCCAGCAACAGCUGCACGAAUACGUAUGGCAUGUGAAGACGAAUUUACAGAAUUGAUUGAUCAACCACCGGCAGGUACUUUUACUCCAUGGAAUGUUGUGCCAUAAAUAUAAAGGCACUUGAAUUUAUUCCUAAAUUUAAGUCUAAAUUAUAAAUUUUUUAAAUAAUCAUGUGUAUAUGUAUGUAUGUAUGUAUGUAAAUACUGUAUAAUGCGCACAUAAAUAUGUAAAUAGGUGCACUUCAAAUCUAGUGACCAUUUAGAUCGUAGAUAUUGUAGACCAAGUCAAUUAGAAUACACCACU